ACAUUUAUGGAUCUAUAUGAGCGUGCGGAUAAUUGAGCGUUGAUGUUUGAAUUAUGUAAUUCAGGUAUGUGACUUUGGUCUUUCACGCACAAAGGCAAACACAUUUCUUUCUUCUAAAACCGCAGCUGGGACUCCUGAAUGGAUGGCACCCGAAGUCAUCAGAGGAGAACUGUCAAACGAAAAGUGUGAUGUAUUCAGCUUUGGUGUAAUUUUGUGGGAACUAGUCACCCUCCAACAACCAUGGAGACAUUUAAAUCCUUCACAGGUUGUUGCGGCUGUUGGUUUUAUGGACAAAAGGCUAGAUAUUCCAAGGCAUGUGAAUCCUGAAGUUGCAGCCUUGAUUGAACUCUCCUGGGCCACGGAACCCUGGAGACGGCCUUCUUUCUCCUAUAUUAUGAAAUGUUUGCAGCAAAUAAUUGCUGAUGCUAGAGGGUGAACAAGUUCAUACCUCAUUUAUAGUCUUCAGCCUAUAUAUACAGAGGAGAAACAGCAAUAUUGAACAAGAAAAUAAAUGGCAUUGCCAUUCAUUCAGGUCAGGUGCUUUCUAAUUUGAAUAAUAUAUUUGCUGCAAUUUUUUUUUUUUUUUUUUAUGUUCAGUAGUAUAAUACAUGUUCAAUCUCAAAUUCAAAUCAUUUAUGAGCAUAGUUUGCACUGAAUAUGCAAAUGGAUUGAGUCCUUUUUUUAUUUUUCCGGACUCAUUUUUAAAUGCUUCCUUGCGGUUUUGGCUUAUUUAUUUACGAGAAAUUAGAGUAACACUAAAACAGGCUUAGAGGGAGUCAGUAACGACAUCUAGUUGUGACUUCAUUACUAAUGGUCCUCUACUAGUUCCUGUAUUGUCAAACUGAAAGAACUUGAGCACAUGAGGAUAGUUCGACCCAAAAGAUUAGUUUAUUUGUGAGAAUGCCUAAAGCUUAAGUACCACAUUAAAUAGUUUAUUCUAUACUUGAUAUGAGACUUGACAUUGUCUCUUCUUUUAAUAACCAACAUCCAUGGCAGUUCCAUUUUUUUACUUUUGUCAACACUGACUUCCUGGUAGUCUUUUUUUCUAACUGCUUUACUUAUAUAUCUGUAUUUGGUUUACACUUUUAAUCUAGUCUUAGGUAGGCUGAAAGGAGAUUCCCACAUAUCAGAAACAUAAAAGUAAAUAUCAGGAAAUACUCCAGGAACCCACAAUUCGUUUCCAAGCCGACAACUAAAUUCCUAUUUGACACCCCCCUCCCAACCCUCUGCACACACACUCCAUUUCACCUCCAAGUAACCUUCAACCCCUUAAGAGGCGUUUGGCAUAUAAAGGGAAAUUUUAGUUUUCCUAAAAUCUGUUGCUGAAAAUGUUAUUUUUCUAUGUUUGGUUUGUUUAAAAUUCCCAAGAAUGUUUGUUAGUUAAGCUUCCCGUUAAAUUGUUCUCUUAAGAGAGGAGAGAAUCUAUCUAUUUUAAGUUGAAUUUUGUUUACUACGAUAAAAAUAGUUACUUAUGUUAAAUCAUUUAAUGUGACAAAUAAUAUCACGUUACUCUUUAAUUCCCAAAAGAUUUAUAUAAACAUACCUAGGAAUAUUUUUUACAAUCCAAACAGUUUUUAGUCAUUCUUAGGAUUCAUGAUUCUCGGGUAUGAAAUAAUGUCUUGUACCAAACGUUCUUUAGUUUCAUGGUUCACUGCUGAACCUGUAAUAUUUCC